UUCCCGAUUGAAAAAACUGCAGAAGGACAUGAUAGCUCACUGACUUGCAGAAAACCCCUCUUCUUUCUCUCCGUCUCUUCUCUGCACUGCUGCCGGAAGAACCACUGGCGGCGCGCCAGGCACCCCGUCCGACUCCAGUUCCUCCUUCUCCGUCUUCCCUCUCAGCCGUUCUCUGUUGCGUUAUCUCUGCCUUCUGCCGAAGCCGCUGCUCGCCACUGUAAGCCGUCGCUCUUCGACGUCGUUCCUCACCGCCGCUGCAAGCCACGGGUUCUCUCUCUGUAGGACCCGGUCAGCCAAUUCAACCAGUAACCCAUCGGUUGAACCAGUGACCCUAGUGACCCAGUAGUCUGACUGAUUCGAUCACUGGUUCGGCUCUGACAACUAUGCUGUUGAUAACCUAGAGCAUUGUUGAUUGAUAUAUCCCAAAAUACUUCAGUGUUAAUGUUAAUGGCUUCGGUCACUGGCAUCUUUUCUCCUUUCCCUCCACCCACCAUUAGCUGUCAGCUCGUUUCGAAACCGGCACUAGCCCUAACCCAGAACAAACCAGAUCCAAAAUCCAAUUAUUCAUCUUCUUCCUCUAGGAAAGCACCGAGCAGUAGCAUAAAGGCAGCAACGGAGGGGAUGGACGAACGGACGCGAAGGAUUGCAAAGGAAGUGGAGAGGCAGAAGGCUCAGGAAGCAAGGGAAAGGAAGGAGAUCAUGAAUAGGAAGAUAGCGUCGCAGAAAGCUGUGUCAGUUAUUCUUCGCAGAGAGGCCACCAAGGCAAUAAUCGACAGUAGGAGGAGGAAGGGUCCCACCAACCCCAAGAAGCUUCUCCCAAGAACCGUUCUUGAAGCCCUCCAUGAAAGGGUCACUGCUCUACGUUGGGAAUCUGCUCUCAAGAUUUUUGAACUGCUGCGUGAACAACUCUGGUACAGACCUAACUCUGGUAUAUACAUCAAAUUAAUAGUCAUGCUUGGAAAAUGCAAGAAACCUGAGAAAGCUCGUGAACUCUUUCAAGCUAUGAUUGAUGAGGGUUGUGUUUUGGACUGUGAGUCAUACACUGCUUUGUUAUCUGCCUAUAGCAGGAGUGGUCUCUUGGACAAAGCUUUCUCUCUCCUUGAAGAAAUGAAGUGUACACCUAAUUGUCGGCCAGAUGUCCAGACUUAUUCAAUCCUGAUAAAAUCUUGCUUGCAGGUUUUUGCGUUUGACAAAGUUCACUGUCUCUUAUCUGACAUGGCCAUUCACAGCAUCAAACCUAACACAGUUACUUACAAUACCCUAAUCGAUGCUUAUGGGAAGGCAAAAAGGUUUUCAGAAAUGGAAUCAACACUCAUGGAAAUGCUUGCAGACCAAGAUUGCCAACCAGAUGUAUGGACUAUGAAUUCAACGCUUCGCACCUUCGGCAACAUAGGACAAAUAGAAACAAUGGAGAGGUGUUAUGAUAAGUUUCAGGGAGCUGGAAUCCAACCAAAUGUUCAGACUUUUAACAUUCUCUUGGAUUCCUACGGCAAGGCUGAGGACUACAAGAAGAUGAGUGCUGUGAUGGAAUACAUGCAAAAGUACCAUUACUCUUGGACAAUUGUGACCUUCAACAUUGCGAUUGAUGCUUUUGGAAAGGCCGGGGAUCUCAAACAGAUGGAGUAUUUGUUUAGGAUAAUGCGGUCAGAGAGGAUAAAACCAAGUUGUGUCACACUGUGCUCACUUGUGCAGGCUUAUGCGCGAGCAGGUAAACUAGAAAAGAUCGACGGCGUCCUCCGUUUUGUCGAGAACUCAGAUGUUUUACUUGACACCAUUUUCUUCAAUUGCUUGGUGGAUGCUUAUGGUAGGUUGGAGUGUUUCGCUGAGAUGCGGAGUGUGCUUGAGAUGAUGGAAAAAAGAGGUUGUAAACCCGAUAUUAUUACAUAUAGAACCAUGAUUAAAGCUUAUUCAUUUAAGGGCAUGCAUAGUCAUGUUAAGGAGCUCAGAGAGCUCAUCACGAUGGUGCAAAGGCCUCCAUUAAAAAGAAAGAAACCUGACUUUUAAUGGGAAAAUCUAUUGAUACUUAUUUUCCAAAAUGUUUGGCUUCAUGAUGUAUAUUUAGAAGCUCAUAUAUGGAAUAUAUCUAUCGCGUUGGUGCUUGUUGAUACUAAAUCUUU